GUGACGCCAUCGUUGUCGCCAUGUUCUACUCCGGGCUCCUUUUUGUGGCGCGAUGUCCCGCUUGGAGCUGGGCUUUGACCCGGUCCCGGAGCGCCUUGGCCCAGCUCAGCACGGUUUUGGAGGCUGAGUUGUUGGGCAUCCGGGGUGCUGGAACCUGGAAGAACGAGCGGAUCAUUACCUCCAAACAGGGAGCGCACAUCAGAGUGGAAGGCAGCUCCGGAGCCAUUGUGAAUUUCUGCGCAAACAACUACCUGGGCCUCUCAAGUGACCCUGCAGUGAUACAGUCAGGAAUCGACGCUCUGAAUCAGUAUGGGGCGGGACUGAGCUCCGUCCGUUUCAUUUGUGGCACCCAGAAUUUGCACAAGAGCCUAGAGGCCAAGAUUGCAAAGUUCCACCAGAGAGAGGAUGCCAUUCUUUAUGCCAGCUGCUUCGAUGCCAAUGCUGGGAUUUUUGAGGCCCUGUUAACCCCUGAAGAUGCUGUUCUCUCAGAUGAGCUCAACCAUGCAUCGAUUAUUGAUGGAGUCCGACUUUGCAAGGCCAACAAAUACCGAUACAAACACCUGGACCUCAGUGACUUGGAGGCAAAGUUGAAGGAAGCCCAGAAACACCGAAUGCGUCUAAUUGUUACGGAUGGCGUUUUCUCCAUGGACGGUGAUGUGGCACCACUGAAAGAAAUUUGUGACCUUUCAGAUAAAUACAACGCUCUAGUCUUCAUUGAUGAAUGUCAUGCCACUGGGUUUUUAGGACCCAAUGGACGGGGCACUGAUGAGUUGCUGGGAGUGAUGGACCGGGUUCAUAUUGUAAACUCCACCCUUGGAAAGGCACUUGGUGGAGCAGCAGGCGGAUACACUGCAGGGCCAAAGGCUCUGGUUGACCUCCUGCGUCAGCGCUCCAGACCCUAUCUCUUCUCCAACACUCUUCCCCCUCCUGUGGUUGGCUGUGCCUCCAAAGCCCUCGACCUCCUGAUGGACAGUAACACGAUCGCCCAGACCAUGGCCUCAAAAACCAAACGAUUCCGCAGUCAGAUGACAGCUGCAGGAUUCACCAUUGGUGGAAUGGACCAUCCUAUUUGCCCUGUGAUGCUUGGAGAUGCACGGCUGGCAUCAUCCAUGGCAGAGGACAUGCUGAAAAGAGGAAUAUACGUGAUUGGAUUCAGUUACCCUGUGGUCCCCAAGGGCAAGGCACGAAUCCGGGUGCAGAUCUCUGCUGCCCAUAGCGACCAGGAUAUUGACCAAUGUGUGAAGGCGUUUAUGGAGGUUGGACGCAUACACGGUGUGAUUUCCUGAAAGACGUCUGAAGCCUCGCAGCACACACUUUACAAAGUAGCUCAUACAUGGCAUGAAGGAUGUUACUAAUAUUAGUUGGACUUUGCACCUUCUCAAACACAAAUUCGGAACAUUAUUCUGCACAGAAUAAUUAAGUUAACCAAAGAUUGUGAGGAGGUUUGUUUUAACUACUAGUGCCUUUUUCCUAAAGGGUGAACUGGAUGUGUAUGAAAUCAUUGUCUGUCUUUUAUUUCCAAAACUAAAACAUUUUAGCCACUUGAUCCUUUCAUUCAAAGAUGUUACGUGGAAGCAAAUCCUAGGAUAUCGAGCACUGGGAUUCCCCUAUGUAAUGUAUGUGAGAGGUUAGUCCUUUGUAGUUAAGACUGCCAGUUGAAAGUUUUUAUUUGUCGCAAAGCUUGUUGUUGUUAUUGUAUUCCAUUGAAUUAACAGCACAGAAACAGGCCAUUUAGUCUAACCAAUCUGUUUGUGCUCCACGCAAGCCUUGUAAUUCAUCUAUCAAUAUAACUUUCCAAAUGUUGAUCCUUCUAAGUGAAUCUGAGAGUCAGGUUGUUUGUUGAUAUCCCACAGCCAGGUACGGUUCUGUCUCUGGGUGUGCGAUGUUGUGUUUCAGUCAGUAAACUGGCUAGUGUGAAGUUGGUUUCAUAAAGUUGCAGACAUACUACACUUAAGAUCAUUCAACCCAUCGAGUAUGUAUUGGUUGUCUGGAGAGCAGUCCAGUCAAUCUCAUUUUCCCCCUCCUGCUCUAUUCCUUGAGCAGAAAGUUUAUUUAGUGCCCAUCCUGUCUCCUUUUGAAAUAAUUCAUUGUCUCCACAUCCUCCACCUUCAUAAGCAAAAUGUUCUAGGUCAUUCCCUCUUUUUUUUCCUAAAAUAAAAGCUGCUCCGCAUUCUCUAUAGAACUCUUACCGAAAACAUUAACUAAAGUCCUCUGCUUUCAGCUAUUGGGAGCAGCUUUAUUCCAGAUCUAUCAAAACCUUGUAGUCCUGUUGGAUUUCUUGUCAUGAAACCAUAGUUGUACAGCACAGAAACAAACCCUUUGGUCCUAAUGGUCCAUGUCAAACAUAUUGUGGUGUCUGUCAGUCUUGAGAGACCAUGGAUCUGCGCCUGGAGAGUUUUAAUUCAGCUGCUGAUAGCUGUUGUGGCCGUACAGGCCCACACGGGAGUGACAGUCUCGGUUGCAGUGACUGCAUUUAAAGACACUCCUCCAGUGUUGCUGUCUUUCCGUCGCAAGCUUUUCCUCAGCGGCAAGCCUCAGUUUCUCCUCUCCUUGCUCUAGCCCUCUGCGUAGUUCCCAUCUCCAGCGUGAGCAAUCGUUUACGAUGUCUUCCCAUCUCUCGACUUCAUGUCCCUUUUGCAGACGUCUUUGAAACGAAGAUGAGGUUGUGCUCGGCUCUCUUGCCAAUGGCCAGUUCCCUGUACAGCCCAUCUUUCAGGAUCCUCCUGUCCGGCAUAUGAUGUACGUGACCCAACCAGCAGAGGCAGCGUUGUUGGGGUAGGGUGAAGAGGCUGGGUACCUGGGCACGGGUGAGGACUUCGGUGUUGGUGACUCGGUCGAUCCACCUGAUGUCCAGAAUGUGUCUCAGACUGCGAAGGUGGAAAGCGUUGAGACGCCGCUCUUGUCUGGAUUUGAGGCUCCAGGUCUCGCAGCUGUAAAGCAGUGUGCUGAGCACGCACGCCCUAUAGACUGCAAUCUUGGUGUUCGUAGUCAGCUUUGUGUUCUCCCAGACUCUCUUGGUCAGCCUGGCAAAUGUGGAGGCUGCUCGUCUGAUCCGCCUGUUGAUCUCGGUGUCCAGGGAGAUGCUGUCUGUGAUGGUGGAACUGAGGUAUGUGAAUUCAUGGACUAUCUCCAGCUCAUAGUUGUUGAUGGUGAUGACGGGGGUGCUCAACGCCUUGACCCAGCACAUUGGUCUUCUUCAGGCUAAUGGUCAUGCUGAAUUCCUGGCAGGCUUCUGAGAGGUUGUCCAUGAGGUGCUGCAGUUGCUCUUCAGAGUGUGCUGACAAGGCUGCAUUGUCUCUAAUGAGUACUUCAUGCACCUUUUUGGAUUUUGCCCUCAACCGGGAUAGACUAAACAGCCUUCCUUCUGAUCUGGUGUGGACGUAGACACCAUCAUUUGAUGUUCCAAACGCGUGUUUCAGCAUGACUGCGAAGAAGAUGCCGUAUAGGGUGGGGGGCAAGCACACGGCCCUGCUUAACACGGCUGCGGAUGUUGAAAGCCUCAGAAGAGCCGUCAAAUUGAACGACACCUUUCAUAUCUGUGUGAAACGAUUUGGACUAUUCUGAGGAGUCUCGGAGGACAACCAAUCCUGGCAAGGAUUUUGAUCAAGCCGGCUCUGCUCACAAGGUGGAAUGCCUUCUUGAGAUCAAUGAAAGCGAUGCAGCGUGGUUGUCUUUGCUCUCAUCAUCCCUCUUGUAGCUGUCAGAGGGCGAAGAUCAUGUCGAUUGUGGAGCAUUCUGACCUGAACCCGCACUGAGAUUCGGGGUAUACCCUUUCGAUGAUUUCCUGUAGUCUGUUCAGGACCACGUGGGCGAAGACCUUCCCAACGAUGCUCAGCAGCGAGAUUCCUCUGUAGUUGUUAGUCACUUCUGUCCCCUUUGUUCUUUGUCACCCUCUAUAAUGUUGCAGUCUCUCAUAUCUUGCGGCACCAUUCCCACCUCCCAGCAUUGGCACAGUAGUUCCAGCAGGUGGCUAAGCAGAACUCCCUUUUGCACACUUGAUGAACUCUGGUGGGGUGCCAUCCCAGUGAGAGGAUCCACUCUGAUCCACCCUUGCUGGGUUCCACUAGCUUCAACAGCGAGUUCUUCACGGCAAAGCCAACACCAUACUCUCUGGACUCGUCUAUGCCUUUCCCCUGCCAGAAAAAAGGUAUAGUCUCUCUUAUGUAAGGUCUCUGAUUCUGGGAGCCUUGUCUCUUGAAGCGCUGCAAUGUCCACUUGGAGUCAUAGCAGUUCGUUGUUAAUCACUGCUGUCUUACGGGUGUCUCUGAUCUCUUGAAGGUCGCCUGAUAGACCAGUUGUCAUGGUCCGUACGUUCCAGACCCAAGUCUGAAUGCUGGCUUCUUCUUUCCUUGUUUUGCUUGGUGCAGUGUUUACAGUCCGCAAUUCAGGAUACUUGUAUCCCUAAGCCCCACGCACCCAGUGGAGUGGGCGGACUGUGGCGGGACAGCACCUAAUUGACUGGGGGCUGCCCAGUUUGAGGCGGGCGGUAGCUGUCCGUGAUGGCCUCUCCCUCUGAAAACAACCCCUGCGCCUUGCUCUACGCCAAUUGAGCAUGGCUUAUAACCGGUAGACUGCUGCUUUCUGUGUUUUGCCGCCACGGUGACGCGACGCUGGAGUGUCCUCUCCAGGGCACAGGUCUGGGCAGGGCUUUAUGAGAGAGCGGCAGUUGCCUGUGCAGCAUGUCUCCCCUCUCCACGCCACCAGUGUUGUCCAAGGGAAGGGCAGGGGCUGAUACAACUUGGCACUGGCGUCAUCACAGGAGUUGCCAGAACGAGGUUGGAUAUAACAUCGGACUGCCUUAGGGACUCCGGCUCUGGAUUUAUCCUCAGGGUUUACUCCCAAAGCCUUUCCCAUGAUUGGGUAUGGCUGCAAGGCAGCAGAGGUUUUAAAUUAGAGCUUUCCUUCUCUUAGAUGGGCUGCCCUCCCAGGCUUACGAGUUCCGUCUGCCAUCUGUGCUCGUAUUUAUGUUUUUGUGUGUGUGUAUCCCUGAACAGUGCAAGAACACUGGAACUGUACCACACACCAUCCAGUGUUCCACGGCUUGGCGUUGCUGUCCACGCUGGCAGCACGGCUGGCCUCCAUACUGCACACAUCGCCAUUUGGCAUGGACACAUGCCAAACAUAAUCCUAAGCUAAAUGUCCCACCUGCCUGCUCCUGGCCUGUAUUCCUUCCAAUGUUUUCUAUUCAUGUAGCUAGCAAACCACCGUCUGAGUUUUCAAAAAAAAAAAUGCCUCAAGUCGUCUCUCCCUCCCUAAAAAUGUGCCACCUAGCCUAAAAUACAACUACCAUCAACUCUAUCCAUACCUCUCAUCAUUUUAUAAACUUUUUAUCAAGCCACCUGGAAUGUGGAGUGCCCUGCAACAGUAGUAGACUCGCCAACUUUAAGGGCAUUUAAAUGGUCAUUGGAUAAACAUAUGGAUGAUAAUGGAAUAGUGUAGGUUAGAUGGGCUUCUGAUUGGUUUCACAGGUCGGCGCAACAUUGAGGACCGAAGGCCCUGUUCUGCGCUGUAAUGUUCUAUGUUCACCUCUCAACCUCCGAUGCUCCAGUGAAAAUGUCCCAGUGUAUCCAGCCUUUCUUUAUAACUUGCUGUACCGGGCAAUGUCCUGGUAAAUCUCUUCUGGUCAAUCUCCCUUUGUGUAAGAAGAAUGACCCCAGCUUCUCUGACUUAACCUCAUCACCAAAACCCCUCAUCCCUUGAACCGUUCUGAUAAAUCUCCUGUUGAGGGGCCCACAUUACUCUGCUCAAUAGGGAAGAAGCACAAAACAAGAACACAGUACCUGUCACCCCUUUCAAAGAACUGUCCAGGUUAUCUCAUUUCUCAAUGCCCUUCCCCACAGAUCUUAAGAUCUUUUCGACAACUUCCUUUUGAAAGUUUUUUUUGAAACUGCUACCACCACCUUUUCAGGUGAUGCAUUCGGAAGGCAAAAUUGUUGUCCUGCUUUUCUUUGGCACAAGGUCAGCUGAUUCACUCAUGACCUUCCUGGAGGAGGAAUUCUGACAUUACCGAGUCUGACUUUUGUGAUUCCAGACGCAUAGCAAUAUGUUUGAAAUGGCAUAUAGCAUGCCAGUCAGUGCCACAGCAGUUAGGGCAACUAAUGAUAGGGUUACCACUGGUCCCCAAAUCCCAUGAGUGAAUAAAAAAAGUUUCGGAGAUAGUAGGAACUGCAGAUGCUGGAGAAUCUGAGAUAACAAGGUGUCAAGCUGGAUGAACACAGCAGGCCAAGCAGCAUCAGA